UUUGCUUUACGGUAGGUGGCUGGUGCCAUGUGUUGAUCUUCCUGAAGGUUAUUCGUCAGUCAUGAAGAAGACUCUCUGAAGGAAGCUGGUUAAGAAUACUGGAGCAGACGGAGUAAUUAACCCCCGGUGACAACGAUGUUGAUUCUAAAGGCAACUCGUUGCCUUUCUAGGCUAUCCAACUGCAAUUUUUUACUCAAACCUGCUCAGCUAUGGCCAUUAUCAGAUGCUGUUAAAUUAUAUUCUUCUAAAUCUUCUAAUAUGGAAACUCUGGCAUUGGAGCAGAUUCGUAACAUUGGUAUAUCGGCCCAUAUUGAUUCAGGGAAGACCACUCUAACAGAGAGGAUCCUUUUCUAUACGGGGAAACUCAGUGAAAUGCAUGAGGUGAAAGGAAAAGAUGAUGUGGGAGCCAAAAUGGAUUUUAUGGAACUUGAACGACAGAGAGGCAUCACCAUUCAGUCUGCUGCCACUUACACUGUCUGGAAAGGUACAAACAUAAACAUUAUUGACACACCUGGUCAUGUUGAUUUUACUGUUGAGGUGGAGAGAGCUCUUCGUGUUCUUGAUGGUGCCAUCCUUGUGCUAUGUGCCGUUGGAGGAGUUCAGAGUCAAACCUUCACUGUUGACCGUCAGAUGAAGCGAUACAUGGUUCCAUGCAUUACAUUCAUUAAUAAGUUAGAUCGCAUGGGAGCCAACCCAUACAGAGUCCUCUCACAACUAAGAUCAAAACUGAACCACAAUGCUGCUUUUCUCCAACUUCCCAUUGGAAAAGAGUCUGAAACGCAAGGAAUUAUAGAUUUGAUUGAAAGGAAAGCUGUAUACUUCAAGGAACCUAUGGGCCUCAAUGUUGUUCAUGACGAAAUUCCUGUUGAUAGAAGAACAGAGACUGAAGAAAGGAGAGCAGAACUUAUUGAAUGUUUGGCCAAUGUUGAUGAAAUUUUUGGUGAAAUUUUUUUGGAAGAUCGGGUACCUACUGAAAAUGAAAUAAGAGCUGCUGUGAAGAGGGCAUGUUUGAAACGUAAAUUCAAUCCAGUUUUCAUGGGAACAGCUUUGAAAAACAAAGGCGUACAACCUCUUUUAGAUUCUGUCCUUGCGUACUUGCCAAACCCGAAAGAAGUGGAAAACUAUGCUCUGGACAAUAGCAAAGGAGUUGAACAUGCUGAAAAAUUUCUUCUGGACACAACAAGAGAUGCAACAAAUCCCUUUGUGGGACUUGCAUUCAAAUUAGAAGCAGGAAGAUUUGGUCAGCUGACCUAUCUCCGUUUGUAUCAAGGAAGCUUGAAACGAGGAGACACAAUCAUCAAUACCAGAACACAGAAAAAGGUUCGAGUGCAAAGAUUAGUGAGGAUGCAUGCUGAUGAGAUGCAGGAAGUGUCUGAAGGAUUUGCUGGUGAUAUUUGUGCCCUCUUUGGAGUCGAUUGUGCCAGUGGAGAUACAUUUGUAACAAAAGGCAACACAAAUAUCUCUAUGGAAUCCAUGUAUGUUCCUGAACCAGUGAUAUCUAUGUCGAUCCAACCUGUGAGCCAGAAAGAUUCAGACAACUUUUCUAAAGGUUUGGCUCGGUUCACCAAAGAAGACCCUACAUUGGUAGUUAAAUUUAAUCCUGAGAGCAGAGAAACAUUGAUCUCUGGUAUGGGUGAGCUGCAUUUAGACAUCUAUACUCAGCGCCUGGAACGAGAAUAUAAUGCCAAAUGUGUUCUUGGGAAACCUAAAGUUGCUUUCCGAGAAACUCUUUUAGCUCCUUGCGAAUUCGAUUAUCUUCAUAAAAGACAGUCAGGAGGUCAGGGUCAAUAUGGUUGUGUCAUAGGAAUUAUGGAGCCAUUACCUCCACAUGAAAACACACAGCUAAAAUUUGUUGAUGAGACCUCUGGAACAAAUGUACCAAAAACUUAUCUACCAGCUAUUAAAAAGGGUUUUUUAAAUUCUUGUGGCAAGGGUACUUUAUGUGGGCAUCCAGUUUCCGGUGUCAGCUUUAGACUACAAGACGGUGCUCAUCACAUUGUAGAUUCCAGUGAGUUUUCUUUCUUCACAGCAGCAGAAGGUGCAGUAAAGCAAGUAUUUGAAGAAGGAAAUUUUCAUAUUUUGGAGCCUGUUAUGUCUGUAGAAGUUGUCAUUCCGUUUGAAUAUGAGAAGAAUGUCAUGGUUACACUCCAUCGGCGCCAUGCUGUAGUUAUGGGAACAGAUGCAAAUGAAGGCUAUACUAUAAUACAAUGUGAGGUACCAUUAAAUGACAUGUUUGGUUAUGCAACAGAGCUACGAUCUUCAACUCAAGGUAAAGGCGAAUUUACAAUGGAAUUUAGCCGUUAUUGUCCAGCCCGAGCUGAUACGCAACAGUCUUUGAUAGACGAAUACCAAGAAAGUCUUCAGAUUGGUCAACAAGAAAAAAAGAAAAAGAAGAAACGGAAUUGAGUAUCGUAUUGUUUAGGACACUUUGUUAUAUAGAUUUUGAGACACAUGGACCUGAAAUUAUGAUAGGGGUUGUAAAGAAGAUGACAAGACUAACUCUUAUCUAUUCACAUCAAAUUCCAUAUUAUAAAUUUAAAAAAAAAAACUUUUUAGAACCAUCAGAAA